ACAGACAAGCAAUGAUGACCAAAGCCAGUCUUUGAUUCAUGUAUUUAAUGUACAUCAAUGGCUUGACUAUAAACAGAAAUCUGUCAAAAGAAAUGAGUGCAAAUGUGUGGGCUGAGAAACCAACCGAGAGGCUAAACAUAAAACCUACAAACGUGCACACUGCUGUCUUCUGAGAGUAUGUACUACCAAAUAUCCAUUCACCAGCUGCAGCACUUAUGAUUGUGAAAGGCAUGAAGAAGAGGGUCAUUAUGAGGUUUGCUCCUACUAGGAAGGAGAGGAAUAUUGUGGAUGGUUUCUUUAGUGAAGAUGGUUGAGCAAACGUAGCCAAUAAGACACCAAUAUUGAUGACUAGUGAUAUCAGGAACUCCAGACCAACAACAACUGCUAAAGCAGGCCCAUUGAUAUCAUCAGCAAUAAUGAAAUCACUAUUUUCAUCAGUAAAAAAGAGGCUAAGAUUUGUUGCAUUGGCAUUUUCCAUCUCUGCAAUGUGGAGGUUGUUUAUGCAUGGGUCGUUGCCCAAUUAUAGUCAGUCACAGAAUUUUACACCUGACACCAUAUACAGAUACCAUAAACAUGAUAUCUGUACUACUUAUGAUCACACUAUGUGGCUCAUGUUCCAUAGAUCAUAAACUCAGCAUUCUUUCCAUGACCUUGAGCGGAAAAUAAUCUUUUUAAUUUUUGUUAUAGAAGAAGGUGGGGCUCGUUACCAUGGUAAUUAUAAUAGACGUGGGUGGGCUCGUUACCAUAGUAACAAUCAGAAGGAACACAUGCACAAUGUUUUGCGGAUCAGUGAAUGAGGAUUCUUCAGUUUUCUCUUCUCCGACUGCCUUCAUUAGGGAAAUAAUACAAAAAGGUAUACACGGUCAGAAACAGCUCUCUGUAGGCCUAACCCUUUGCCACACCCUGUUAGAAAAUGGCGGCCAAAGCAAUGGAUCCUUACUGAGUGCUGUUACUAGUAAUGAUCGUAUAUCAGGAAUAAAAUCAAUUUUAGCAAAGAAGGAGGUUGAUAUUAAUGAAACUUCUGGUGAUACUGGAGUUACUUCUCUAAUGAUAUCCUGUCUAUUAGGAAGAGAUGACAUUGUCAAGUUAUUACUAAAGCAUAGAGCAGAUACUGGACUGACUGAUAGAGAACAACUGAACUCAUUCCAUUAUUCAAUAUGGGGAAUGGUAAGAGGGAGAGAGAGGGAAUGAAAAUAAAUUGGAUAUAGAUACA